AUGGUGCUGCCAACUCGCUUUCUGGGUGCGGUAGACAUGGGUCUGGGCCUGCGCGGUGCCCUCGCGAAGACUCAACGUGUCGCGCUAUGGGUGCGUCUGCGGAGUCGCGGUUUCGCAGAUGAUGCAAGUGUAGGCUCUACGGGUACCGGCCAGGGGAGUCAGUCUGAAGAACGAGAGCCGCGUCGAAGAGCUGGACGCAGCACCCUGCUUGCGGGUCUUGAACAGCAGCAGCGUGAACGCGCACAACCGACUGCGAAAGAAACUGGGUUACCUCUGAAUGGUACGGGGCGCGACACGACACGGACGGAACCCUCCCAUGCUGCGUUGUACACGGCCAAAGGGGCUGGCGCACUCCAGAGGAGAGUAUCCCGAUCGCUGCUCGGUCUCGCUGAAGUUGCUGAGAAAGUGCGCUCGACCGCACGAAGUGCUACUGACACCAGUGCAGUGUCCGUGGAUCUGGACGAGUCGUCCACACAAGUGCGGCGUCCAUGGCGGCAGCGAAAGAGCCGUCUGUUAGAGGCCGUUUCAGAUGCUAGGGAGUCUGCGAGGCGCGCGCCGCGGACCAAAAGGCAGGUUGCAGACUCAGAGUCUGAAGCAAUGGAUGUGUCGCCACGUCGGAUGGCGCGAGCGUCGCGUCUGCUGGAGAUUCGACCGCCGCAGUUGAGUGUUUCGCUGUUGCCACCCUCUGUUCGAGAGGAGCAAGCACGCGUCGCUUCGAGUUUGCUGGAGCGUGAGGGUCCGGCCGCAGUCGAGAAAGUUCGGAUGUAUGAGGAAGGACUCCACUCUAGACUGGAGGCUGAUGUGCGGCGGCAAAGGCGGCGGCAGCUCGGCAAGUUCCUCGUGUUUAAGAAUCGAUAUCUACCCGAAUCUGUUUUCAAGAUGGAUCGCUACAAGACCGAGGAUCUAUGGGUGAACCAUGCCGUCCGCAUUGCGGAAAACAUCGUCUCGAAGGCGAAAAACCGACAAUCACCACAAACUGAUGCAGCGGCGAAAACUUCACUGUGGCUGGAGUCUGUUGUAGCGGACUUGUUUCCAAAGGCCCGCAGAGCUCAAGAAAUCAUGCUCAUGAUACGGCUCUUACGGAAAUCAAUGGAAGAUGUGCAACGAUUGCCGCCUGAAACACGACAGGCGAUAUUGAAUGGGAAACAGCGCCUCACACAGGAUGCCCUAAAGCAACUGGGGGCGAAGUAA